GAACAGCUCUCCAUCAACGAUUCAUGCCCAAUCUGCACAGAUGAGUAUGAAGAAGGGGAUUACAUUUGGGAGAUAUCUUGCGGACACUCACUUCAUUUGGGAUGCGCCGCAGAAUGGAUUGGUAAGAGGCCCGUGUGCCCAUUGUGUUUGCAGGAAGUACGGGCU